AUUGGCUUGGCAAGGGUCGAUAUUCUGCCUCUCUUCAACAACCUCCUGUCUAAGUCUAUAUAAGGCCAUGUUCAGGUCUUUCUCUCGGACUAUAACCACAUCCAUCGCACGCUUCAGGGGAAGCGAAAUGUCAACGCCUCACGAAAUCAAGCUCCCUGGCUUCGGCCUUCCUAUCAGCCAUGCUGGUGCUCAUUUUCCAGUUGUCCUUAAGACGGAAGAUGGAGAGGGAGAAGGAGACUGGAGAGCUACCACUUUGACAAUCCGAGAAGUCUGCAUGCUCAAAGUCAUCGAGGACCUCACAAACAAGCCCGAGUGGUGGAUCAAAGUCAAUGAUGAUGAGAUUGCUGCCAAGUGGAAGAAGGAGGCUAUGGAGAUGCCAUGGGGAGAAUAUCGAGUGUUCGGUGAUUUCACCCAGGCAAUGGCCGAUGCUUGUAUCAAGGAAUUGCGCAAAAAGGCAGAUAUCUACCAAAAGACCGGUCUCAUUCCAGUCAUGGAUUACGCUUCUGCAGCCAUCAAAUCAGACAACUUGGUCCCUAAUGACCUCCGAGAUACCCUCAUAGCUGCCGUUUCCCCUUUGGAAAACGUCCCCGAGCAGCAUAAGGACUGGCAUCCUGGCAGUGAUGGCAAGGUACUUGACAUCGUCCACCCUUCGCUGUGGCCGCUUGUCUAUGGCCGAUCUCUCAUCCUCCCCGACAAGCGCAUUAAUCUCGAGGAAGCAUUAUCGCAUUGUGGGAAAGGCGUCGUCGUCCCUGUCGACAAAAGUGAUGUCCGCAACUGGCAUCCCAGUGCCUUUUCUAAACGCUUCCAGUGGCUCCCUUGCGACGUCGACCUGACUGGCGGGCAUCCCCGCAUCGACAGCUACAUCAACAAUGUGCACCCGGUCAAACACGCCGAGCUCUAUCCCGUCAUUGAGAAAUUCAUCGAGAAAGCGCUCCCGGCUUGGGAUAUCAUCUAUCGAUGGCAUGACGAGUUCGAAGUCCAACGUGUCUUCACGACCAAUGUUCGACCAGAUUGUAAAGUUCCCGAGAUCUGCGGGGAUACCUGGUGUUCAGCCCAAAAUCGGCCACUGGAUGACGAUGAGGAGCCUCGUAGAGAAGAUGAGGACUAUGAAGAUGAUUACGAGGAAUCUGAUCGCAACAAACGCGACGAGGAAUGGUUCAGGGAGACCCAUAUCCCAGAAAUUCCGGACCCUAAGACUGAACUGGAAGAGCUGGUCAAGAUCAACCCUAGCGACGUAAAGACCUCUGGUUUCUUUGGCAACGCUUCUCGUGUGCAGGUCAUUGUCAAGCUUGCUAACAUCCACCUCACCCCCGAGAAGCCAACCUACGACGGUGGUUCGUGGCAUGUCGAAGGCCAGUUGAACGAGCACAUAUGCGCGACUGCACUCUACUACUAUGACUGCGACAACAUCACUGACUCUCGCCUCGAUUUCCGCACAAAUGCCAACAGAGAAGACCAAACUAUGGAGUUGAAUUACGAGCAGGGCGAUUUCGACAGCAUCGAACGAGUUUUCGCGAUUGAUCCCGGUGCAGAUACACUCCAGGACAUCGGCAGCGUCCUCACACGCCAGGAUAGAAUGCUUUUCUUCCCCAACGUGUACCAGCAUCACGUCAGCCCCUUUGAGCUGGUUGAUAAGUCUCGCACCGGCCACCGCAAGAUCCUAGCCCUUUUCUUGGUGGACCCUCAGGUUCCCAUCAUUUCAACUGCCAAUGUUCCUCCCCAGCAGCGCGAUUGGUGGGCGGAAGGGUUGAUCCAGAAUGAUCGCUUCAACAACUUGCCCCCGGAGCUGACACGGAUGGUGGUGGAUGCCUUGGAUUUCCCUAUUGAUCUGGAGAAUGCUAAGAAGAUCCGCGAGGAACUCAUGGCGGAACGGACUGGUAUGCAAGGCACCCUUAACACCAACCUCAAGAAUCUUGAGUGGAAUUUCUGCGAACACUAAGCCGAGUCAGCUGCAUGUAUGGACGGCCUGUUCUGGGGUUGUGUUGCCCGGGCUUAAGAUGUCUCCAACAGAGUUGUGCACUUGAUGAACCUCAGCUUUUUAGCUUCUUUGAACGUGCGAUGUCUGAUCUGUGUCUCCAUCGGUACUAUGAAUUCGUAGAGGUUAAGAAGCCAUUGACCUGGGCUAAACCCAAGAAGCGGGAAGCGGCAGCAUGAAAGCUGAACUAUAGACUUGAAUCUUUGGAUAGGCCGAAUGUCUAGAAAUCAAUGAGGCCUUUAUAAAAAUACGAU